AUGGCUUCAAAGAACUCAGCCUCUCUAGCUCUUUUCUUCGCUCUCAACAUCCUCUUUUUCACCUUCACCGCUGCAACUCAUGAUUGUGGUUGCACCCCUAAGGUUCCAAGUCCUAAAGUUCCAAGUCCCAAGGUCCCAAGUCCUAAGGUUCCAAGCCCCAAGAUCCCAAGUCCUAAGGUUCCAAGUCCUUCGGUACCAACCCCUUCGGUCCCAAGUCCUUCGGUCCCAAGCCCGAGCACCCCUGGCUCAUCCAGAAACUGUCCUAUAGAUGCCCUCAAACUCGGUGUAUGUGGAAACGUCCUAGGUGGCCUACUCAACAUACAGUUGGGUCAACAAUCAACUCAACAAUGCUGCUCGCUUGUUCAAGGUUUGGUUGACCUCGAGGCUGCGGUCUGUCUCUGCACUGCUCUUAGGGCUAAUGUUCUAGGAAUCAACCUUAACGUUCCAAUAUCUCUCAGCCUUCUUCUCAACGCUUGUAACAAGAAGGUUCCGUCUGGUUUCGAAUGCGCUUAA